AUGCCAGAGUUCUCCCUUUAUGAUAACUGGAAACCAAAGUGUGCCGUGAAUGGGUGUGUGAAAGAAAAUGGAACUGGGAGAGAACAGAUACCUAGGAUGGCAGCCAUUUUGAGAUCAGCUGUGGAAAUAAUGGCAGUCUUAAAAGAGGUUUGUUCACCGCUUGGCUCCUGUGGCAUCAAUUUUAUAAUCAUAUUGGAUUCAAAGCAACGUUUGCAUAACUUAAAUGCCGCAGCUUCUCCAAACUGUGGACUCAGGCAAAAGAAGCAGCUAGGACAUGGGUAGGCAAACAGGCCGGGGGCUGGAUCUGGCCCAAUCACCUAAAUCCAGCCCACGGACGGUCCAGGAAUCAGUGUGUUUUUACAUGAGUAGAAUGUGUGCUUUUAUUUAAAAUGCAUCUCUGGGUUAUUUGUGGGGCACAGAGGUGUAGGAAGGGGGGUGGAGGGGGUGGACCGCCCCAAGUGCCACUCUGGGAGGGGUGACAAGAUGGCCCCUGCCUCCCCCCAGGCUGUAGAGCGGCCGAGGGUGUGCGCAGUCCAUAUGGGCACUGCUCGCGUGGCGUCCGUACAGGAGGGUCCCUCUGCCACUGGUGGGGCAUAGGAAUUCAUUUUUUCCCCCUUCAAAAUAUAGUCAGCCCCCCACAAGGUCUGAGGAACAGUGCACUGGCCCCCUGCUGAAAAAGUUUGCUGACCCCUGAGCUAGGAGAACUAUAGUUUCCAGAGCAAUCACACCGAGGAGCAGGGGCUAUUGCUGAUGCAGGAAAAUUGGGAGCAGAGCAGUGGAGAAUCUUGGUGUCUCAACUUUCAUUGGCACGCUGUUCGACACCAAAAUACAGCCCCCCCCCACUGCUGACCAUUGGACUCCAUGGUUACAGCACCUGCUGCGGCACCCCAGAAGCUCCACACCCAGUGCCACCAAACAAGCCACGCUCUCCUAGAGCCACCUUUGAGCAGAGCCACUUUUAAAACAUACGAAGAGUCUUGUUGCAUGAGACCAAAGGCCUGCAAAGUCCACCCCUCUGUUUCCCAAAGUGACCAACCAGAUGCCUACAGGAGAAUUACAAGCAGGGAAUGAGGGCAAUAGCCCCCUCCCCAUGUUGUUCCCUUUCAUCACCACAUCUUGUGGAAGCAAAUUUCAAAGUUUUAAUUAUGUGGUGUGUGAAGAUGUGUUCCCUUGUGCCUAUCCUGAUUCUUCCACUGUACAGCAUAAACUUAUAUACCUCUUUUAUGGUCCGUCCCCCUUAUUUGCCUUCUUUUCCAGACUACUUAGCUCCAAACAUUGUAAGGUCUCCUUGUAGGAACUUUUGCUCGAACCGCCUGCCCCCUAUUAUGUUGGUUGCUUUCUCAUUCCUUGCUUGACCUGGUGGUCCGGGAUGAUAGUUGAUGCAGCCCAAUAGCAUACCCUCCAUCAUUUAUCCAAUGAAAAUAGGGACAUCACAUUCUAUUACUACUACUACUACUACUACUACUACUACUACUACUACUACCCUGCCCAUUUGACUGGGUUCCCCAGCCACUUCCAACAUAUGUAAAAGCAUAAUAAAGCAUGAAACAUUUUUUAAAAACUUCCCUAUACAAGGCUGCCUUCAGAUGUCUUCUAAAGGUUGUAUUGUUACUUACCUCCUUGGCUUGGGGGGUCACAUAACUCCCAUACCCUCCAACAUUUAUCUGAUGAAAAUAGGGACGUCCUAAGGGAAAGCGGGACAUUCUGGGAUCAAAUCAGAAACCGGGGCGGUUUCUGUAAAUCCAGGACUGUCCCUGGAAGACAGGGACACUUGAAGGGUCUGCGAUAGUAGCGGUGCAUUUUAACACUGCAUCUGUGACACGUUGGAGACUAGGCUAAAUGCAUGCUGCUGCUCCAUACUGAAAGUUUAACAAUGCCUAGCAUGCAAGCUUGAGGCCUAGGUGUAAACUACUAUCAGUGCCAGAAUUCAGCCCUGGAACAAGUAGGGUUAUAAUCAAAAGGGUGUGUCUAAGAAUGAGUAAAAUACCUUCUCUCCUCCCCCCCGGCCCCUUUACAGUUUAAAUUCAAGCAUUUUGGUAUUAUUACAUUUAUUUAUAUUCCUCCUCUUUCCCUGGCAAGGACUAAAAAAUGGCUUACAACUAAAACAGAAACAGGAGUCUAUUUUCCUUGUAUACUCAACCCCUUUCCACUAGUCUUAGAAUCUGAGCACUUGGGAGAUAAUGGGCAAAUCCUAUUUGGGCCUGUUUUACUCAACUAGUUUUGAACAGCUACUGUUGGGUAGUGGUGGUGGUGGUUUCAAAUUAAGCAAGGAACGGAAGAGCAGACAACUGUGGCUGAGGUUGAUAGGAGCCAGAGUGUCCAACAACUUGCAGAAGGCCACAGGUUCCUCUCCGCUGUGAGGAUUUCAGCAAGAUAAAUGCAUAUGAUGUGGCUUGAAUAUUAAAUGAUGACUCUAAAUGCUAGGUAGGGGUAGUAACCUCACUCCAUGGACUACUGCCUGAGUGCAUAGGCCCUUCUGCCAAUGUGAAGGCUCUUAGCCACAUGCUGGCUGCAUUUACAGUAGCCUGUGUUGCACUGAUUUGAAACAGGCUGUUGUUUAUUAAGUUAGUGAUAAGCUGCAGGCAGGGGGACAAUGAUAACAUAUUGUAGGGAAAUGGAAAAGCCCCUUGGGUGGGGGCAACUAAAAUCAGGGAAUCUGCUGGGGGAGGGGCACUUUAUCCUUUCCCUACCUGGUUCUUUGCCAGUUCCAAAACCCCUCCUCCAGCAGCUCUGUCUGUUAAAAGCUUUUAAUGCACUGACAAAGCUAUUGAGGGAUAUUAGAGCAGAGAAACAGUCAUUGCCUUCACACACCAAACCACUACAUCCACUACCUUACCGAAGAUCAUCUCCCGUUUUCCUCAUCUAAAACCAGCAAGCUAUCAUUACAUGCACUUGCACACAGCAAGUAGUUUGGGCAUCGUUGCUCAUUGUUAUGCGUUUUAUGUUGCACUAGUGUCAAGCUACAUGCACACACAUAUAUUUAACUUAGAGAGAUCCAGAGGAAGUGGUCUGAGGAAUUCCAGCUCUAGCAAUAUAUGAACAUUUAUUUAAAGGCAUCUCCAAAGGCAAUUUACUAGGUAAACAACUUCUAAAUAAUCCUGUUUAGGAUUGGUUCACAUAGAGUAGCUGCAAUUAGAAAGGAAGCCUUUUGUGUGCCAAAGUUGUGAACAUGUUGGAAUGUUGGAAGGAGGAAGAUUGACACAUUCCAUGAUGCUCCGUUUAGAAUGAUGCUCUUUAGAAGAAAACUAAACUGGGGCUGCCUAGCAACCAUUGCCAGGCAGAACAACCUCCCUGCUUUCAGAGCAUCAUUGCCACCAGUAUAUCUGUGGGAGAGGAGACCCAAACUGGAAAUAAGCAGGUGUUUGAAGGUCAGAAGAAGGAAGGAAAUCUUUAUAUUGGAAAAAGGUGUGUUUUGGUGACACCAAUGAGGAGGAGUGGUGGCUGGAUAGAGCUGAAGGGUAAUCUAAACCAAAAGCGGGGUGUAACUGUGAGAGUAUAUGGUCACCAGGACUGUCAGGCACCAAAGUUUAGCCUUAUUGGUUGGCACUGGGCAAAUCUUUGUACAUAUUAGCCUUUAUAAGACUGUGUUGGGUUAUGAAAGAUUACCCAUUGGGCACUGCUUUUACUGGCUAAAAUUAGCCAUAAAAGCUCCAAACAGCCCACUUCAUUGUUGGUUUGGAACGGAGGCUUAGUUUAUCAUGUUCCUGUACUACUUGAAGACUUCCCUUCCAGACCUUGACAAAGGCCCCACACCAAAACGUGGGGCUACCACACUUGACCAGCUAUGAGUAUUCUGCCAGUAAGAAGAUGCAAAGCAGCAGACAGGUAGGAGGAGGACUUGACUGUUCCAUAACUGGAGCAAGGCCCUCUUAAACUGCCAUCUUCACAACUGUAUGGUUCUGCCCUUUACACAAUGCAAAGGACUAAAUAUCCUACUGUAAUACUUGAUUUUUAUUUCUAUGCCUAUGUUGUAUGUUGUUCUGGUAAUUUUUCAGAGAAGCAACAUAUGACAAUUACCCCUUUAAAAUAAAAUAAGAAAAGUUGGUUUCUGAUUGUUAGAAAAACCUUUUGUACCAUAAGUAAUUUUUAAAAGCCGCAUAUUAUUUUUUCUGUGACAGCACACAAAAUCUGUGGGCUUAGAGAAAGCAGUCUAACCUGUCAAUAUUAGCACACUUAAAUUUUCUAGUUACAAAUUCUUCAGGAUGACGAAAACCAAGUUCCACAGAACCUGAUUUCCGACAUGUUAUUAUCAGGACUGUUAUAGUCCACCCACCCAAAGAGAGAAGUGACACUCUAUAAAGACAUUAUGGACUGGCAUUUUUCAAUGUGGAGCUUGGAUUUCAGAAGCUUGACCCUUAAACUGGCACCCAUCCAAAUGCGUGUGCUGUUGGGGAGAUGGAGUAGAGGUUGGAGCUGUGUGGGGCAUUUCGAUCGAGCGGGACAGCAGCACUCAAUUUGGGGUGGGGUGGGGAGAGAAAGAAUAGGAGACAUGCCACGACACAAGCCUGGAAAGAGAAAUCCCUCUCAUCCUGCCAUUGCUCGCUCAGGGGCACUAUCCCCCCCCCAUCUUUUCCUACUUUAUGGGUUCCAGAGUUGAAAGUCUGAAAAUAAUGUCCGAGCCCCGCAGUGGUGAGUGACUCCCUCUCUGCGCAAACAGCUCUCUGCACCUGCUCAGAGGUGCUUUGAAACAAUAUUAAUAAUGCUUAUGAUGUGUCCCUGCGUUGAUUUAGCCCAGGCACUGAAGGCGAGUGGCCAGAGCGCUGCGUCCCUUCGGCCAGUCCGUGGCACCCGAGCGACAAGGUAGCCGCCGCCAGCAGCAAACAGCAGCAGCACCAGCUCCUCGCGCACAACCUUGAAUGACGAGAGAUAGAGAGAGAGGGAGGGAGAGGCGGGCGAGAGGGGGAAGUAGGAGGAGCAGGAGGCCGCGCCGAUUGGCCUCUCCGCGCCGCUCCGAGCUCCCGCAUUGGGCGCUGUGGCUCACCCACCUCCCUCUCCCCUGUCCUCCGGCAGGUCCCGCCCCCUUGCCGGAGCCAACAAGCUAGGUUGCGCGCCUAUUGCAAAAGGUGCCUCUCCGCCUCCCCCCCCCCCCACAACCCGCCUUUCCCUUCCCUUAUUGCUGCUGCCGCCGCCGCCGCCGCCAAUGUUGGUGCUGCCGCCGCCGCCGCCGCUGCGGAGAAGGAGGUGGACGUGCUAGGCCGGAGCGCCCUGCCCACUGCCGCCGUCCCUGUGUCCCCUUCCUCCUGCCGGGGGCCUUGCGCUGAGCUGGGGCCCGGCGGGGAGGGGGCAUGGCUGCUUCGCCUGGGGCCCGGCAGGCCGCCUGGGGGGCAGGCAUGGGCAAUCGGGGAAGGGGGACCCGGUGGUGAGGGGACUCCUCCUCCUCCUCCUCUUCCUGCCUGCCUGCCUGUGCGUGGGGUAAGUCCAUGGGGUGGGGUGGGAUGCUGCUUGUCUCCAGCCCCUCUCCUUGCAAAUCCCUCUGUGUGCGCCUAUGUGGGGGUGCUGUGGGAGGAGUUAGGGGUGCGCAGAGAGGAAAGGGUGGGGUGGAGGAAGGAGGGGGGUGUUGGAGAGGUUGGGGAGGGUAAACAAGUGUGGGGCGCUGGGAGCAAAAGGAAGGGGUUCGGGGUUUUAUUUUUAUUUUUUUGGAGGGGGAUUAAGGUGCGCCUUGUUAGUUUGCAUGGCUUUAAACGGAAAUUAAGAUGACUCCAUGGAGGAGCAGUUGUUAAACAGGAUGGCUCAACAGAGUCUUUAUUUCUUCUCGUCCCCAAAUGUUCACAUUCAGUGUAUCUCUGUCAGGGAGCAAAACAAUAGCGAGGGCUGUUGCAUCCAUGCCUUUCCCAGAAGCAUCUGGCUGGAUGCAGGGUGCUGGGCUGGACAGACCUUUGACCUGAUCCAGCGGGACACUUUUUCUCUCUCUCCCCCUCCGCAUGCUCUCUCAGAAAGGAUUAGGGAAAUUCCUGAGAUCUGCUGAGAGCCAGUGUGGGGCAGUGGUUAGGCUGUUAGACCAGUGAAACCCAGGUUCGAAUCUACCCCUCAGCCGUGAAACUUGCCGCCGGGUGACCUUGGGCCUGCCACCCUCCCUUAACACAGUUGUUGUGCAGAUAAAAGGGGAGAAAAAGAAGCAUGUGUGCUGCCCUAAGCUCCUUGAAAGACGUAGGAGGCAUAAGUUAUAAACUGUAAUAAUCCAGCUAACUAUACUUUGAACCAUACCUCCAUGUCCAUUGGCAACGUAUCCCUGGAUACCAGAUGCUGGGGGGCAUCCGAUGGGCGAGGGCUGCUGCCCUCAUGCCCUGCUUGUAAGCUUCAAGGGUAUUGGCCCAGCUGCUGCUGGAUUUCAGGUACCAUUGCUCUGGUAUGGCAGUUGUUCAGCAAGCAGAGAAGAGGAGGAUGUUAAAGUGAGUCUGGGUUUUUCUGGGGGAGGAAAGCGAGUCAGCUAUGGGAUGUGGCUGGCAAGUCGACUUGUGGGAUGCAGUGCUUAAAGUGGGUUUGAGGGGCUAGCAAGUGAAAUAAGCAGUUAAGUUAUGUUGCAGAGGGGAGAAAGGUGUGGUGGUAUUCAGGGUGGGGCAGGGGAAGAGAAAGAUUGGGAAAGCAGCUAUAAGUCUUAAGGAAGGGAUUAGAAAGUAAAUAAGUGGGGCGGGAGAGGAAGUUAAUGAGAAUGCAGCAAUUAAAUAGGGUGUGGGGGAUAUUGAGUUUGAAACAGUGGGGUUGACAACAUUGUGGUUGAAGGAAGGAGACUGGGCAGAGAAGUGAUAUGCUUUGGCAGGGGUCAGGCCCAGGUCCUUUUUUGGGUGUGUGGGUGUGCUGAAGAUAGGAUUAAAAGGUUAAGAUGAACUGGCCAUGAUAGGAGGAGACUCCCGGGGGGAAACGUAGUAGUAGGAGUAAAGAUGUGAGUUCAUGGUAGAAUCAUAGAGUUGGAAGGGACCCCAUGGAUCACCUAGUCCAAUCCCCUGCAUUGCGGGAACUGCAGCUAAAGAAUUCCUGACCAAUGGCCAUCCAACCUCUGCUUUAAAAUCUGCAUUGAAGGAGAGCCCACCACUUUCCAAGGUAGUCUGUGCUGCUGCCUUACUGGUAGGUAAAAAGAGGCAGGAAAAGAGGGGUAUGCUUUGGUUCCUGUGUGAUGUAAAGGCAGUGAGAGACCUAGAAUGUGGGCUUGAUCUAAAGCACUGUUUCCCAAACUUGUGUCUCUGACUGUUUUUGGACUACAACUCCCAUCAUCCCUAGCUAGCAGGGCCAGUGGCCAGGGAUGAUGGGAAUUGUAGUCCACAAAACAGAGUUGGGAAACUCUGGUCUAAAAUGACAGCUCUUAUAGUUUGGACAAGCUGGCCCACAAAAUACCAUUGUCUUGACUGUCUUCAGAAACUCUUUCAGAUGGGCUGAGUCUUCACCAGGUGCAUGUAAAAAAGUGUGUGUGUGUGUUGGAACGUGCCCACCCCACCACUAACUCAGUUGUUUUGCCAGGUAUGAUUUCAAUCGGAUCUCACUCCCAGAACCUGUUUCCAGAAUAUGGGAAGUAAUAAGCACAAAAGGUUCCUCUGAGCAGACCUAGAGUGCAUUACUCUGACUGGGUGUUUUUUUUAAGUGCACAUUUAGCUUAUUACUAUUAUUUUAUAAAAUAUAUAUAGCAAAAGGCAAAUAAUAUACCAAAGAAAAUAACAGAAAGCACUCAUAUUGUACACAACACAAAUUCCAGCAGGAAGAAAGAAACUAUAUUGCCCUUGCUGUGUUGAGUAAUUGUAGCCUGCCCACCACAUGUGUCGGGGAUUAGGAUAUCCAGGUGAGAGAGAAUUUUGUUCUGCGGUGGGGAUUUGUGCCUGAGCCCUUCUCUACCACCAAAAUGCUUCUGGGUCUGUGUCAUGCUCCCAAAUUAUACCCUGCUUAAGGGAGUGGGAAAGAACGGCAGUUUCCUAAUGAAACAGUCACUUUGUUUAAUCACGUUGUGGAGACACAGCUUUUCAGGAUCAGAAUUGGUCAUGGGUUCUGUGGUUUAGACCAACCUAUUUCCGACCGUGGCCCACUUGCGACCUUGUUUCCUUCCUGUGCCCCUCCCCAUGGGUGUAGCCCGGGGGGCAGGGAGGCAGCAACCCCCUCCAAAUAAGUAAAAAUCAAUACAAAUAUGAGGUUCUGCCCCCCCCAAAAGUCCUGGCUACACCCAUGGCCCCCCAGCCUACUGGUAGAAAGGUAGCUGUUUAAAUGUUUUGUUUGUAAAUAGAACAGGUUUUGUUUAUAAUUUUUUAUAAGUUAUACAAAAUACAAUUAUACGUAAAAUGAUAGCAACAUAAUAAAAUAUUGUUGAAGCAGAAAAACAUAGAAUCAUGGAACAGGAAGGGACCCCAAGAGUCAUCUUUCUAGUGCACCCCCCUGCAAUGUAGGAAACUCAGCUGAAGUAUCCAUGACAAAUGGCCAUCCAACCUCUGCUUAGAAACCUUCAAUGAAGGAGAGUCUGGAACCGCCAUCUUCCAUGUAUUAUAAAAAGUAAACAACAGUUAUUUUACACAUAAGGGGAAAGCUACUGAGGUCAGUCCUCACUGUCCUGGUGCAAAGAGAUCUUGUCUUCCGGAGGAGUCCUGACUGCCUAGAUAAAACACUACAGCGCCCCGCCCCCUUACCAGGGAGUAAGACCCACUGAACUCAGUGCGACUUUCUUCUGAGUAGACACUUAGGUAUUUACUUGAUGCAAGUCAGCAGCACCAGGCGGCCCUGCUCAGCUAGGCGCUGGGGUGGAUUUCACCCUGCGCUUUGCAGAGCUGGGCCGACACUGCCGAUGGGCCCUGCGCCCCUCAGCAACAUCCGAAGACUCUGAUCUGCUAGGCGCUGGAGUGGAUUGCACCCUGCAACUUGCAACUUGCCCAAAACUGGUGGCAGCAACAAGCAGCUCCUGCUCGGCCAGCCUUACCCAUUGCCACCCCACCACUGCACUUACCUGAUCUGGAGGCUCUGGAUUGUGAGCCCUUCUGGUCAAAACGGGAGCCUCAGCAAUCGCCCUCUCCUGCCGGAAACAAACCAGGAUUGCUGCAAGAAAAUGUACAUGGCAAAUAGGAGUAUUAGGCCCUGGUGGGCUGCCUCCUUACCCACUUGUGAUUGGCCAAGCAGAUAGCCAGCCAAUCAGGAUUUUUUUAAAAUAAAAAAAGGAUUCCCCCCCUUUUCACUUCUCUUUGUGGCCCCCUAACCUUGUGCUGUGGUCCCCGAUUUACACAUUUUCCACCCAUGGCCCCCAUGGAAUAUUCUGAGCCCCCUCCAGGGGGCCACAUGUCCCCCUAUUAGGAAACACUGACUUAGAGAAACCUUUCCCAGUCUUGGUUCCCCAGGUGCUGGACUACAACUCCCAUCAUCCCUGACUAUUGGCCCUGUUGUCUAGGGAUGAUGGGAGUUGUAGUCCAACAACAUCUGAGGACCCAAGUUCGGGAAGGGCUGCUCUCAAGGGUUUAAGUUAAGGGAGGCAUAAAUAGGACUGUUCUGACAGUGAAUUCCAAAUUGGGAGUAUGGGGUGCACUGGGGUUGAUGUGGUGGCAUGCGUGCAGAGUGAAGCAAAAUGGUGGGGAAGGGUAUCAAGGUGAGACGAGAAACAGCUUUGCAGAAUGGGUGGGAGUGCUGGGUCAGGGAGCAGAGGAAGACCUGUGUGAUGGGGCUUGAGAGUUGGCUGAGAGGCCUGGUGGAGGAGAAAGUUAUGUGAGGUUCAGGGGAAGCUGUACGAAAUAGGCGAGCCAGCCUCACAGCUAAGGUUUGGAGUGGGCUAUGGUAUGUCAGGGACGCGGGUGGCGCUGUGGGUUAAACCACAGAGCCUAUGGCUUGCCAGUCAGAAGGUUGGCGGUUCGAAUCCCUGCAACGGGGUGAGCUCCCGUUGCUCGGUCCCUGCUCCCGCCCACCUAGCAGUUCGAAAGCACAUCAAAGUGCAAGUAGAUAAAUAGGUACCGCUCUGGCGGGAAGGUAAACGGUGUUUCCGUGCGCUGCUCUGGUUCGCCAGAAGCGGUUUAGUCAUGCUGGCCACAUGACCCGGAAGCUGCACACUGGCUCCCUCAGCCAAUAAAGCGUGAUGAGCGCUGCAACCCCAGAGUCGGUCACGACUGGACCUAAUGGUCAGGGGUCCCUUUACCUUUACCUUAUGGUAUGUCAAGACAUGUAUAAAAUUGAUAGCCAAUGAAAACUGAUAAAAACCCCUAUUAAUUGCUUCCUUCCUUCCUUGCAAGCCCUCAAAGGUUAUGGGCUGAGGUUGAGGGGCUGAAGUGGUUGGUGAGAACUGUUCUUCUAGGUCUCCAUUUCCUUAUAUUGCUGUGCUUCCUGCUGAUAAAGGUAAAGGUAAAGGUACCCCUGCCCGUACGGGCCAGUCUUGCCAGACUCUAGGGUUGUGCGCCCAUCUCACUUAAGAGGCCGGGGGCCAGCGCUGUCCGCAGACACUUCCGGGUCACGUGGCCAGCGUGACAAGCUGCAUCUGGCUAGCCAGCGCAGCACACGGAACGCCGUUUACCUUCCCGCUGGUAAGCGGUCCCUAUCUAUCUACUUGCACCCGGGGGUGCUUUCGAACUGCUAGGUUGGCAGGUGCUGGGACCGAACGACGGGAGCGCACCCCGCCGCGGGGAUUUGAACCGCCGACCAUGCGAUAGGCAAGUCCUAGGCGCUGAAGUUUUUCCUGCUGAUGGUUCCCCUAAAAAAAAAGUCCCUUUCCUGUUGGGACCAACUCCCCCUUUGGCUUCUGGUCUAGACAGGGUGAGGGGUAUCCUUCUGAUUCCAGAUGGCUGGCUGCAGGGAGGCAUUGGAGGAAAGGAGGCUCCCAUAGUGUCUGGAUUUUGUUUGCCCAUUGUUAGGCUAAUGAAGCCUGUGUCUGGUGUCGAAGUAGCCCUUCUCCCAACAAUAGGGGGCUAGGAAGAGCCCCAAGUUAUUGGCAGGCCCUGCAAGCUGGUCCAUUCUUUGUCAGCUAGCUUCCCCCACCCUCACUGUAUUAUGCCAAACCUUCCAUAUCUGGCUUUCCCUUCGGUGGCGGAUGGCAGUCUCUGGUCCUUGCUUCAAUAGGGAAUAUGGCAAGAGAGGAAGACGAGUGAGAUGUGAUUUAAAGAGCAGAACCAUGGUACCAGUCUACUUGCCUCUUUAGGUAUCCCAGCUGAAGAUGGCCACUUGAGGAGAGGUUACUUCUACACCCCUAGUUAGAUUUGGUAUUUGAAAGGGGAUAUAGGUUUGCAUGCAUUUUACAUGUGCAUGCAGCAAUUUGUCUGUCUGUCUGUCUGUCUAUCUUAUAUCCUGCCAUUACUCCCAAAGAGCUCAGAGCAGCAAACACGUCAUGUGUGCGUUCGUGUGUUGCCACUAUCUUCUGCCGAUCAAAUGCCUCGGUAAAUUGGAAUGUUUUAAAAUUCCUUCUGAGAGUCUGGUUUCCUUUUUAGUUAUGACUGCAGCAUUGAUAAAAAGAUUGCAAACUUUCAGAUGUCAAGACUCCUAAAAAAAGGAAAAGGAGAAGUGCCAGACUCAGAAAAGAGUAAAAUUAUACACACACAUUUUUCAGUUCUUGAUUUUGUUCAUGUUGGUGUCAAAUUUCUAGGUGCCUGGCACAGCUAGGAGAUUCAUUCUCAUUCUCUCUCUCUCAACACACCUAUAAAUACUAUAUAACAAAAUAUCAGCCUGAGUACAAGGAUAGAACAAAUUGAAAAGCCCCCCCCCCCCCUUUGGACCAGAUAGUCUUUAAAAUAUAGGAAAUAAACUUUUGAGCUGCACAGAUUCCUUCUUCAGGUUUGGAUAUUUCAGAGCAGCUUUUUUUGUCUGUAUCACUAAUACAUAGAUUCUUUCCCCCACCUCCGAAGUGAGCCAGCAGUGUGGCGGCUCCAUCUUCCAAGCACUCUUCUCUAUCCAUGGUUGCCUCCCUGUAUUCAUUUUACCGACACAGGCUGUGGCUUUCCUUGAGGGCCUGGACAUUCUCGGCAGGAGAGGGUGAGUCAGCAGGAACUUCUGGAUCCUGGAAAUGGCCGUGGGUCCAACACACAGGGAGAAUUGCUGUGAUUUGGACGGACUGUUGCUCUCAUUGAUGGGGACUUUUGCCUGCAUCCUCUUAAUGAACCCUUUCGAAGACCGGUCCCUUCUCCUGUCUUGUCUUUUGUGGAAGUAGGAGGGGCUUGAUGAUGGAUCAGGGAGGUGCCUGGGAAGGCAGUGGCCCAGGAAUGGAGUCUUGACUAUUUUCAGAUUUCUGUUUUUCCCUCCUUCUUGGUCCUCCCUGCAUUGGGUAGAUAGCAUUGCUUUAAUCUGUCAGUUUUCUCCUUUGCAUGCAUUCGUCUUGUAUGUCACAAUCUGUUAACGGUGCCAGCAUUUUUUGAUACAAAGAACACAGGCAGUUUGGGGAUGGUGUUAGCCAGUUUGCUUUCUGCUUUGUGUAGGACCCCUGUCCAUUGGAGGCGCUGGGAGAUGUGCUUUCUUUUCUCCCUCAUAUGCUCUUCUCUUCUCUCCCCCUCCUUUGCAUUGCGAGAUCAGUUCAUAGCUGCAGCUAGUGUUGAGGGGAUUGUGGAGGCUGCAACUUAGUGAAGCUUUCGUGGGCAAGAUUUGGUAAGUGGGAUUUACUCCCACUUAAGACAACUGUUUUUGGAGGCAGAGAUUAGACAGUCUAGCUCAAACCAGGACCAGGGGAAUAAGUGUCCCUCUAUUGUUUGGUGGCAAAGCCGUCUGCUCAUGACUCACUACAGGCUGGUGGUGCAAGCUGACUUGGGGAUAAUCCUGGGUUGAGGUAGCAGGUGCUGUGUGCUAAACCAUUAAGUUGGAUUUUGUGUCCUUAGGAAUCAUGCUGGUUUGCAUAACUUUAUUUUCUCAUUCUUGCCACUUGGCAUAACUUAUUCUGGCUUUGCUAGUCAUGGAGGGUGCAAAGACCCCGAAACCCCAUCCCCAAGCACUGAAUCUUACUAAUCGUGCUCUCUGCUGCUGAGAUUUCAGCAGGCAUUGUUGCUAUCAAGACACAUAACCACAAGGGCUAGAAGCCUCUCCAGCGAUAGGUUGCUUGUUAAAAUAAAAUAAAAUAAAAAAUGUGAAACUGAUAUUCUCGGUCAUAUUCAGAACUAUAUUCUGUGUUCUCUGCCUUGUCUCUGCUCCUCCAUAAUCACAGCCCUGCUCUCUUUAAUCUGUUUCAACUCAGUCUUUGGAUUUAUUGCCGGGUUUUGUGCAUGUCCCAGUUCUGUGGUAGGAGAAGCAAUUGUGGAAUUUGAUGCUCGCUAUGUGCAGCAUCUUGAAAAUCUCAGCUUUUCAUGUCAUCUUAAAAAAACCCCCAAAACACCAAACCCUCUAGCAUUUAUGACGGUAGAAGCAAGCUUGAAAGUGUGUGUUCAGUGCCUGGUGAAGAAGCCAGAGAAGCGACUGAGCAGCAGAUUCAGUUCUAGAUGGGUAACGCUAUGCGGUACAUCAAAAACAACCGGGUGUCAUGGACUGGCUAGAAAGAGAGGAGUGGUGGGAGGCACCAGUUGGGGAACCCCAAAGGGAUGAAAGUUCAGAACCAGGGGAUUGGUGGUGGGGCGACGGGAGGGAGGUGGUGGUCAGAGGGAGAAGACUUUGGGGAGGAGGUGUCGGAAACUGAAGAGGUAACAGGGUUUAGUGAGCAGGAAGAGUCUUAUAGCAGAAAGAAGUCCAGAAUCAGAAGCAGCAGAGGAGGGAGGCCAAGAAGCAGAGAUGAGUCAGGCUGGUGAAGAAACCAGAGUGUGUUCCCCUCCUGCUGCAAGAAGCUCCCCUCCUCCCUCGUCUCCCAGAACCAGGGGAGGUGUGAAGCAGGAGAAGCAAAGACAGGCAUACCGGCGUAGUCUCAGAUUGCUUGGGAAGGACCUGGGAAAGGAGGAGACAUACGCAGCUGUGGGAAGGUGGGGACCUUCAGUCUCCACAGCUGACUCAUAGGGGCAAGACCUACCGAGAAAUGUCGCUGUGCUCAUUAGUUCUUGCACUCCUGAGCAGACUCUGCUUCUAAUAAAGAGUUAACUUCAUGUGUUGUGUUGCUGGCUCGGUCCUGACAUCAGGCCUUGUAGUAGCUUAAAUAAAGGUAAAGGUACCCCUGACCGUUAGGUCCAGUCACGGACGACUCUGGGGUUGUGCGCUCAUCUCGCUCUAUAGGCCGAGGGAGCUGGUGUUUGUCUGGAGACAGCUUCCGGGUCAUGUGGCCAGCAUGACUAAACCGCUUCUGGUGAACCAGAGCAGCGCACGGAAACGCCGUUACCUAACCCAAUAUACAGUGGUACCUUGGUUUAAGAACAGCUUAGUUUAUGAACAACUUGGAUUAAGAAUGCUGCAAACCAGAACUAGGUGUUUUGGUUUGUGAACUUUGCCUUAGAAGCAGAACAUGUUCCGCUUUCUGUUGAGUGUGUUCCAUUUGUAAAUUGAGUCCCCCGCUGCUAUGGGAAAGCACGCCUUGGUUUCAGAAUGCUUUGGUUUAAGAAUGGACUUCAGAAUGGAUUAACAAGGUAGCUUCAGGCAAGCCACUCUCUCUCUCAGCCCCAGUCCCUAAUCUGCAGUGUGCGGGUGGUAAGUGUUGACUUGCCUUGCAGAGCUCUUGUAUGGGUUGCAAGAAGAUUAGAUGCUUGAAGAGUUUGGGCAUUAUAUGAACACUUAAAUGCUCUUAUUGGAAAGGAGAGGGGAAUGCAGCAAAAGGGCCAGGGAUUGGAAGCAGUCCAGUCACAAUGCAGAAGGUUAUUGUGGCACAGGGAGCUGGAUAUGGUGAGUGCUGCUGGCUGCCAGGGAAAGGGGAGAGAGAAUGGUACACACACAACCAACUGAGUCACACCAUGGUGUGGCUGGAGGUUGUGUGGUGGCAUGUGGUUAUGAUAUACCCAGUGUCCCUCCUGGAACCAUGGCAGGAGCUGCAGCAGCCUUGCAGGUAAGGAGGUUGCGAGGCAAAGGGGGACAAGGGCAUCAGGCAGACACUGCAAAGGGGGGAAGAAACUUUACAAACCAGGUCAGAAAGCUAUGACCAUCACUAUUAUUUAGAUUUGUUCCUUGCCUCUUCAAACAAACCGGCUUAACAGUGGCUCUGUUUUGUUCCUAUUUCUAGAGUCAGGCUGUUGUUAAACAGUUCUACAUGAUAUAGGUGGGGUUUUUAAGCUCCCAGAUGGAAAAUGGGGAAAAAGUUCCUUUUAUAAUAUGCAUAUACUAUAAUAUAUGUUUAUAAUAUGCUUAUAUAAUAUGCUUGCUAGCAAAUUAUUUAAUCUGCUUACCGAGGCUGCAAUGUUUAGUUGGUUGUUGCAUUAGAUUAAUCAAUUAAACUUUUUUGACAAUUUCAGAGGUGCUCUCAACCAGGCAGUAGAUGAUGGUGGUGGUGGUGGUGGUGGUGGUGGUGAUGAUGAUGAUGAUGAUAAUAAUAAUAAUAAUAAUGUGGCUUACAUAAACUACAGAAGGCAGGUGCCAUCUUCAAAGAAGCAUUCUCCAUUCUCUUUCAAACAAAAGGGAAUACACUGAGAAUGGUGUCUGCUGCACCAGCUAAAAGCAUUGUUUCUUUUUAAUAUGUAGGUGCUUCUAAAUUAAUAUAUACCGUAUUUUUCUCUCUAUAACACGCACCAGACCAUAACACGCACGUAGUUUUUAGAGGAGGAAAACAAGAAAAAAAAAUUCUAAACGAAACAGUGGAUGUAUGAUUUUUGUGGUUCAUGCUGUGGCCACAGACAUGUGAUCUGACAGUGAGUUUGGAGUAGCCCAAUGCAAAAAUCCUGAGGAUCCAUGUGGAUCCGUGCUUUGUAACCACGUUUUGCACCACUGCGACCCCAGGCAACAGUGGGUGCGUGAUUUUUUUGGUGCAAGAUGUAGCCAUGGACAUGCUAUGUGAUCUGAUGGUGAAUUUGGGGUGACCCAGUGCAAAAAUCCUGAGGAUCCAUGGAUCCGUGCUUUGUAACCACGUUUUAAGUGGGGAGGGAAGGAAAAGCACUCAAGGGACAAGGAGCAUGCAUGGGGUGUGUGGAGAAGGAUGCUGCUAAUAAUGCUAUUUAGCGAGCUGAGUGGGGAGGAGAGAGGGACAGAGAGCCUGCUUGCUUUAAAGGAGCCAACCAGACAGGAGCCGCUUACCUCUCCUCUCCCGCUUUGCUCCUUUAAAGCAAGCAGGCUUUCUGUCCCUCUCUCCUCCCCACUCAGCGGCUCUUCUCCCGCUUUGCUGUUUCAAAGCGAGCCAUGGAGGAGGGAAGGAAGGGGAACCAUGGAACCAUGGAUCCUCUGCUCACGACUGCAGCGGAUCCCCCCCGCCCCGCCACCCAUAGGCAUUCGCUCCAUAACACGCACAGACAUUUCCGCUUACUUUCUAGGAGGAAAAAAGUGAGUGCUAUGGUGCAAAAAAUACGGUAGUUGUUUAGAAUUCACAUCACUGUCCUCUUUUCCAACCCUCAAGCCCAUCCUCCGGCUUGAAUGGAGAUUGCAGCCUGACCACUGAAUCCUGUCUUGUCUUCGCAGGAGGAUCCCUUCCCAUUUCAGCCUGGCCUCUGCUAUGUUGCGUUCUCCGCAUCUUCUCCAAUAG